GAGGGGACGCACGCACGCACAGUCCUCCCUCCUUCCUUCACACACACACACAUUCCCCCCCCCCGCUUUGCAGGUCAGGGGUGGGGCCGCCAGGGAGGCAGGCGGGCAGGCGGGGCCGGGCGAAGCGCGGCGAGGCACGGCGGAGGGGCGAUGCCGACUCAGCGCGAGAACGGCAGCAACAGCAGCGUCGGCGGCGGCACUAGCAUGUCGCACCCGGGCCCGGGAGGCAGCGGCGUCGGCGGCGGGAUCGGUAGCCUUGGUGGCCCCGGAGGGGACAGCGCCCAUCAGGUCCGCGUCAAGGCUUAUUAUAAAGGGGACAUUAUGAUAACUUAUUUUGAGCCUUCUAUCUCCUUUGAGGGACUAUGUAAUGAAGUCCGAGACAUGUGCGCCUUCGAUAAUGAACAGUUAUUCACUAUGAAAUGGAUUGACGAAGAAGGAGAUCCAUGUACUGUUUCUUCCCAGCUGGAACUGGAAGAGGCUUUUCGUCUAUAUGAAUUAAAUAAGGAUUCUGAACUUCUAAUACAUGUGUUUCCUUGUGUACCAGAAAGGCCGGGAAUGCCCUGUCCAGGGGAAGAUAAAUCUAUUUAUCGUAGGGGUGCAAGGAGAUGGAGAAAGCUCUAUUGUGCAAAUGGUCAUACGUUUCAAGCCAAGCGUUUUAACAGAAGAGCUCAUUGUGCCAUCUGUACUGACCGAAUAUGGGGAUUAGGGCGCCAGGGAUAUAAAUGCAUCAAUUGUAAACUUCUAGUUCAUAAAAAAUGUCAUAAACUUGUCAGCAUAGAAUGUGGCCGUCAUGCUUUACCACCGGAGCCUAUGGAUCAUUCCUCAGUGCAUUCUGAUAAUAUAGAACCAGUGAUUCCCUAUCAUCCUUCAAGUCAUGAAAGUUUAGACCAUGUUGGUGAAGAAAAGGAGGCAAAGAGUAGAGAAAGUGGCAAAGUAUCUUCCAGUCUAGGUCUCCAAGAUUUCGAUUUACUUCGGGUUAUAGGGAGAGGAAGUUACGCAAAAGUCCUUUUAGUUCGAUUAAAGAAGACAGAGCGCAUUUAUGCCAUGAAAGUUGUGAAAAAAGAACUAGUUAAUGAUGAUGAGGAUAUUGACUGGGUUCAAACAGAAAAGCAUGUCUUUGAGCAAGCAUCAAAUCAUCCUUUCCUUGUUGGUCUUCACUCAUGUUUUCAGACAGAAAGCAGGCUAUUUUUCAUUAUCGAAUAUGUGAAUGGAGGAGAUCUCAUGUUUCACAUGCAGCGACAAAGAAAAUUGCCAGAGGAGCAUGCCAGGUUUUACUCUGCAGAAAUCAGUUUAGCUUUAAACUACCUUCAUGAACGAGGAAUAAUUUAUAGAGACUUGAAGCUGGACAAUGUUUUGCUGGAUUCUGAGGGACAUAUCAAGUUGACUGACUAUGGCAUGUGCAAGGAAGGAUUAAGACCUGGUGACACCACCAGCACUUUCUGUGGCACUCCUAAUUAUAUUGCUCCUGAAAUUUUACGUGGAGAAGAUUAUGGAUUUAGUGUGGAUUGGUGGGCUUUAGGUGUCCUGAUGUUUGAAAUGAUGGCGGGAAGAUCUCCGUUUGAUAUUGUUGGAAGUUCUGAUAAUCCUGAUCAAAAUACAGAAGAUUACCUCUUCCAAGUUAUUCUGGAGAAGCAAAUCCGUAUCCCACGGUCUCUUUCUGUGAAGGCAGCAAGUGUUCUAAAAAGCUUUUUAAACAAGGAUCCAAAAGAACGUUUAGGAUGCCAUCCUCAAACAGGUUUUGCAGACAUUCAAGGACAUCCGUUUUUUCGUAAUGUUGAUUGGGAUCUGAUGGAACAAAAACAGGUUGUUCCUCCGUUUAAACCAAAUAUUUCUGGAGAAUUUGGUUUGGACAACUUUGAUUCUCAGUUUACCAAUGAACCUGUACAACUCACACCUGAUGAUGAUGAUAUUGUAAAGAAGAUUGAUCAGUCCGAGUUUGAAGGAUUUGAAUAUAUCAAUCCCCUCCUGAUGUCAGCCGAAGAAUGUGUCUGAUCUCCUACGCGUAACCUGUGCCAUCUUUUUUGUAAAUGUUUUGCCUGCAUGGGUGAAAAAUGUUUCUGUUGGGAAGCAAUGGAUCCAAUGCAUUUGUCAUCUGGUAUGAACUUUAUCAUAACGUAUCAUUAACUUGCUGUAAGCGGAAUACUUUUUCACUGAUAUAAAAGGAAACAAAAGAAUACUAACAAUUCCACCAACAUUGGAGUCUAAGACACGGUAAUUGUUCUGGGCAGGAGUUAUAUGAAAUAAAAGAUUUUGCCAGAUGUUCUGCUUCACAGGUAAAGUUAGUUUGUGUUUUAUAGAUUUGCUGUUGCAUUAAGUGAUGUUUAGCAAAUUGUAUAUAAAGCGUGGUUUUCUGACAGCUACGUUUAGAGAUAGUAAGACUGCAUCGUGUUUUUUUUCUCCCUCUAUCUUUACUUAUUUUUACUUACUGCAUUAUCUAAAUUAAGCUACCAAAUUAAUUCUGAAAACACUUUUACUUUUUUAAAAAAUUGCAAAAUAAGAUGUACCCCCACACUGAAUAUACUAAAUGUUAUGUCCGCACAAGAUAGGAGCUUUUAUACAGAUAGUAUAAAAAGCUGCUCUCAUUUUGUAAACGUUCUGAAUUUACUGUGAAUUGACUUCGUUAUUGAGACCCCAUUGAAUUGGGUGGGAUGUGCCUCUGAUUAAAUCUCUGUAUAAUUACUCUCUUGCGAUAAUUGUGACUUUGAAACAUCUUAUAUAUGCUUAUUAUCUUUAUCCCUUAAGAAUUAUGAAUGAAGCCUUCAUUCUUCAGACUAAAUUAAAGUGAUAUAGCAUUUCUGGUGACAGGGAGAGAACCACGGAUAGUAGAUGCAAUGACAUUAACGGUUCUGUUGUAAAAGAAAAUUUUCUUAUCAAGCACAUGGACUUCAUUGCUUUUAAUUUUUAGUGAAAUCUUUGAUAACUUAUGCUAUAUAAAUGAGUGCCUUCCUCAGCUUUUUGAUUACUAUAUAGUAUAAAGCUAAUUGAAGCAAAAAACAAAAAAAAAUCAGUUGUUGGGUCUUUUUGAGGAGAAAUAGGUAGAUAAUGUUCCAAAAGUAGGUCUCAUGCGGCUAUUUCAUCAUAUUAACGGGGACCAUAAUUUACUUACACAAUGUUUUUAACAAGCUGGUAUUCUAUGUAUAAAACAAAAAAGAUGUUGAGACUUCGGGGGAAAAAAUGCAAAGAAGAGCCACUAAGAUGAUUAAGGGCCUCGAGACAAAAACGUAUGAAGAAUGGUUGAAUUGGAAUUGGGUAUGGCCAGUCUAGAGAAAAGAAGGACUAGGAGAGACAUGAUAGCAGUGUUCCAGUAUCUGACGGGCUGCCACAAACGAGGAGCUCAGCUUAUUUUCCAAAGGACCAAAAGGCAAGACAAGAAACAGUAGGGGGAAACCAAUAAUCAGGGAAAAAAUUAAGGAGAAACUUUCUAACAGUGAGGACAAUUAACCAGCGGGAUGGCUUGCCUCCAGAAGUUUGUAGAUGUUUCAUCACUGGAGGUUUUUAAGAAAAGAUUGGACAGGCACUUUUCUGAAAUGCAUAGGGUCUCCUGCUUGAACAGGGGAUUAGACUAGAAGACCUCCAAGAUCCCUUCAAGCUCCGUUCUGAUUGAUAGAUCAUGUUUAGUGUUACGAUAUGAUAUGAAUCGGGAGGAGCAAUAAGAGAGAAAGAGGCACCCACAUAGUCACACCAGCCAAAUCAGUCUGGCUGUCAAUGGAGUGACAGAUUUCCCAGUUAAAUCCUCACGAGUACAGAUUACUCUUUUUGCUACUCUGGCAUCUCUUGAAUUUCAGUGCACGGGGGAAAAUUUGUUUAUUUGAAUAGUAUGAAUUAUUUUGUAUUAUUCAAAUAAAAGCACUCAUUGAUUCUUGUACUUUCAUUAUAAUGCUAACAAGCUGUGUCAUACUCAGGGUACAUCUAAACAUUUUUUUAGUCCUGGUAAGUUUUAGAUCUGGUAAGUUAUCUUUAGUAAUCUUUUGAGGAGGGCAGCAAUUAUUUCUGUGGCAUGAACUUAAAUGCUUGACUCCUUCCCUCUUCAGAUUUCUUCAUUACAGCAAAUAAAAUUAGGCUACUUACAAUGGGCUCGGUAUAAAAUGGUUUUCUUACCAGAAGUACUUUGUCUGACUCGCACAAGUCUAGAAUAAAAUUUUAACAUUCAAGAAUUCUAAGCACAAAAUUGAUGCAUUUACAGACAUAAUUACUUCUACUCCCUCCUGUAAAUGUGUCUGUCUGUCUGUCCGUCUGUCUGUGUACUUGUGUAGUGUAUAUUUCAUUUUGUGAUGUCAACUUUAACGAAGAUUUGAAUAUUAAAACAGAUGUAUUUUGAGGGUUUUUUUUUCAUAUUUGUUUCAGGUAAAUGCCAUCAUAUUAAAGUGUUAAUUUUUAAACCUUUUUAUGAAAAUGUAGAAGCUAUUUUAAAAUAAUUGAACGAGGAAUUCAGAUAUGGACAAGCUAAUGCAGCAUGAUGGGAUGUAACUGUUGGUUUUGUAUAAAAACUGUGUUGGUGGAUGUUUUCACUGAACUUGUUCUAUUCUGUUGUGAGUUUCCUUCUUUUGUUGCCUUUGAUAUUUGUGUAACCAUCUCCUGAAAUUUCUACAUACUUUUUAAACUGUCAUUUUUAAGUUUCAAAAUAAAAAAAAAAGCAGGGCUUUUGUUUA